AUGCACACACUUUUUGUGUCAGCAUGUUAUGCACACUGUUUGUGAAGAGAGAAUAUAGAGGAGAUGCAAGGUAGCCAAGAAUAGACCCGGGGUGAGACUUGCACGCCUUUGGUGUGCAGUGUAUAAGACGCCGGCAUGAGCCGCCUCAGUAAUUGAAAAGUGCGGUAUUGGAGGAAACAGGUGGAUUUUUGACAGUCCGUGCUAAACGCAUGUCAUUUCUUCAGAGAGAACUUGUGGAAGACAUCACUUUAAAACUCAUCCUUGGACCUGUUCCUUCACGAAGCCGAGCCAAGUCUACUUUUCCCUGCUAAAGUAUAGAGAAAGCGUCUGAACGUUCGAAUGCAUUUAUCAUUGGAUACCAUGAGUGUGGUGGAUGACAGCUGCCUCUCGCCCAGUAACUUCCACGAGAUGGUGAAAGGAGGAGGGGUGGCGAUGGGCGGCCGCGUCCACAGCAUUGAUGUCAUCCUGGGCUUCAGCAAAGACCAGGACCCCCUGCUCACCCCCUCUGAGGGUCCAGGACGACACAAAGUGGGCGUGGAUGGCCUGGGGGACCCUGGGAAGCAGGACCUGUCACACCCCUAUGGGCACCUCUCAGAACAAAGGUCUUACCAUGAUUCAGUACUGUACUCAGAUAAGUGUGAUGGGGACAUGAGUGAGCUGAGGAAGAAUGUGGACAGCAACGGUGGGAAGAGUCCAGUGCCCUGCGAGGAAGAGCGGCCCAAGAAGAAGCACCGACGCAACCGCACCACCUUUACCACCUACCAGCUGCACGAGCUGGAGCGUGCCUUUGAGAAGUCCCACUACCCUGAUGUGUACAGCCGUGAGGAGCUGGCCAUGAAGGUUAACCUCCCUGAAGUCAGAGUUCAGGUUUGGUUUCAGAACCGCAGAGCCAAAUGGAGGCGCCAGGAGAAGCUUGACGCCACCACCAUGAAGUUGCACGACUCACCCAUGCUCUCAUUUAACCGGCCGCCCAUGCACAGCAAUAUGGGGCCCAUGAGCAACUCCCUCCCCCUGGACCCUUGGCUGACCUCUCCUCUGUCCAGCGCCACCCCAGUUCACAGCAUCCCAGGCUUCAUGGGCACAGGCCAGGGACUGCAGGGAGGCUAUCCCAGCCACAGCUUCCUCAACAGCCCUUCACCCAUGGGCCAGGGGAUGCAAUCCAUGACACCUCCUCCGUACCAGUGUUCCGCUCCCUUCACCGACAAGUAUCCAAUGGAGGACGUGGACCAGAGGAGCUCCAGCAUCGCAGCGCUGAGGAUGAAAGCUAAGGAACACAUCCAUUCAAUGGACAAAACCUGGCAGCCCAUGUGAUGGGAUAUUGACACUGUGUUUGCAGGCCUGAUUGGGAUUUUGGGUCCAUGCUAAUGCCGUUUUCCAUGCGACAGGAUUGCAGUGAUGGCACCGAGAAAUGCACAGUUAUGACUCCUGAUAUAUCUAAGAUUUCCAGCACCAGCGACCUUUAUAUUAGAAUGGUUCUUGGUCUCUGUUUUGAGUUCCUUUUCUACUAGUAAUGUGAAGGAUUGGAAAUUGAUGCAUAUUUUGUGUGCCACCACCCAGAAAGGACCCUAAUGAAGUCCCCUCCAGAUCCUUUCACAAAAUACAUUUUGUAGAGUGCUCACACAUGGUCACAUUUAACUCUGCAAAUUAAGGUUUGUGUAUUUUUGUAAUUAAUCCAAUUGUCUAAUUUGUCAUGAAUGUUAUGGGUCAAUUAACCAGUCAUUCUCUCACUAUUUGUGAUUGGACAUGCCAUGUCUCCCAUAAUAGUAGUUGAAGGUUGCGGCGGUGUGAAUCACUAUGUCUAUGACCCUGAAAAACAUUAUCAUUCAUCUAGUUAUGAUGGUCAGGUUAUUUCAACACCUGAAGAAAAAGAAAACAAGGGCCACCUCCCCGAAGAUGGAGAACACUAUAUUUCUGUCUGUGGUAACUGCAGUUACAGUGGAGAGCCUCUGUCCACACUGUGGGUUGUGGGGUCAUGGUUGAUAUGUCCUGGCUCUGGCUGGAUUACGCUUUCAGCUGAGGAUGCGUAAGACAAUCUGUCAUGCUAUUUCAUUUGAAAAGAAGUGAACAUGUUUUAACACUCAAUCAACUCAACUGAAAAUGAUUUAGUCUUAAUUGACUAAAACUAUGAUUGUCCUGAGACUCCAGACUGCAUACACACACAAACACCCCAGACAGCACACACACUGAUAUCAACAACUUCUUUCACAGAAAUGCUGGCAAGUCAAACAACGUGAGGCUCUUGUUCCUUGAGAAUGAGUCUUGAGGAGUGGUACAUAUCAAAAUCAAAUCUCUGAAUUGUAUGGCACCUUCAGUGUGUGACAUCUUGAUUAACUGAGGAAGAAAAUAUCUGUUUUAGUUUUGGAUUGGAGCUGUUAAACAUGUUUGGGUCAGUCAAACAGAGAGUUCUAUGGCGUAAGCCUCGUACAGAGAGAGAAUGGAAGCCAGGUCCUUCUUACACAGUAGGGUUUGGAAGAGGACAGGGGGACAGAGUGAAGUGGCCACUAAAGUAACCUAUUUUUGUCUCAGUGGCUGUUGGAGAAGGCAGCUUGGCCUUCCGUCACUGUGUGUACAUGCAGAGCAGCAGAAGGAGAAUGGUCUGAUGUCACCACACAUAGUUUUGUCUUUGUUGGCACAAUUGAUCCAAGACCAUCUUCUUUGUCUAAAGUUUGAGGGGGAAAAUGAUCAGACUACACUAAAUAGGCCUCUGGGAAUGAAAAAAGAGCAUGAUUUGUCUAUUUUAUCAUGAAUGUUUUUUUGUAAUUCUACGUCCAAGAAAUGAGCAUGGGGUGUACAGGUCCAAUGUGGCAUUAUGUUUUGAUAAUGACUGCAUGUAUAUUUAAUAUGGCAUUGGGGAGAUUGGGUCCCCAUUAACUGGUUUGUGUAUGGUAAAACUUUUUUUACUCCAACCACCCCUGUAUACGGCACAUUGUAAAAUGACAAUAUGUCAUAUAUAGGGCAAGGUAGAAUGAAUCAUUUCUGAUGGAAAAUAAUUUAGCAAUUUUAUUUUUCUGAUACUUUUUACAGAUAUUAACAUUAUUUAUCCUAAUGUAAUUGAAUAGGCACGAGGGAUAACAUUUAAUUAUUUUAAUUUCAGUGAUGUUUUUUAGACUAUUACAAUAUGAAGGAAAUCAAUUCCUUCACACAAAAUGUAUAUUGUUGCAGCAUUUGAUUUAAAUGGAAACUCAAAAUGGCUUUGCUGCCAGACUAACAGAGAACAACUGUUUGAAAAAGUUGCAGACUCACCACAGACUUGCCAAUUCAUCCAACUUACUGUGAAUUUUCCAAAGUAUUUUCAAUGUCAUAGACGGUAAUAGCACCAUCGGACAAUACUUAAAAUAAUAUAUAUAUAUUUUUUACUGGUGUGUUAUGGGAUUCUAUGAUAAACUCUCACUAUCAUCAUUGUUGUUUUGCUAAUUAUGCCCUAAUACAGUUGAAGUUGGAAGUUUACAUACACUUAGGUUGGAGUCAUUCAAACUCGUUUUCAACCACUCCACAAAUGUCUUUUUAACAAACUAUAGUUUUUGCAAGUCGGUAAGGACAUCUACUUUGUGCAUAACACAAGUAAUUUUUACAACAAUUGUUUACAGACAGAUUAUUUCACUGUAUCACAAUUCCAGUGGGUCAGAAGUGUACAUAAUACACUAAGUUGAUGGUGCUUUUAAACUGCUUGGAAAAUUCCAUAAAAUUAUGGCAUGGCUUUAGAAGCUUCUGAUAGGCUAAUUUACACAAUUUGAGUCAAUUGGAGGUGUACCUGUGGAUGUAUUUCAAGGCCUACCUUCAAACUCAGUGCCUCUUUGCUUGACAUCAUGGGAAAAUCAGAAGAAAUCAGCCAAGACCUCAGAAAAACAUUGUAGACCUCCACAAGUCUGGUUCAUCCUUGGGAGCAAUUUCCAAACGCCUGAAGGUACCACGUUCAUCUUUAGAAACAAUAGUAUGUAAGUAUAAACACCAUGGGACCACACAGCCGUCACACGGCUCAGGAAGGAGAUGUGUUCUGUCUCCUAGAGAUGAACGUACUUUGGUGCAAAAAGUGCAAAUCAAUCCCAGAACAACAGCAAAGGACCUUGUGAAGAUGCUGGAGGAAACAGGUACAAAAGUAUCUAUAUCCACAGUAAAAACGAGUCCUAUAUCGACAUAACCUGAAAGGCCGCUCAGCAAGGAAGAAGCCACUGCUCCAAAACCGCAAUAAAAAAGCCAGACUACGGUUUGCAACUGCACAUGGGGACAAAGAUCGUACUUUUUGGAGAAAUGUCCUCUGGUCUGAUGAAACAAAAAUAGAACUGUUUGGCCAUAAUCCCAAGACAUCAGUCAGGAAGUUAAAGCUUGGUCGCAAAUGAGUCUUCCAAAUGGACAAUGACCCCAAGCAUACUUCCAAAGUUGCGGCAAAAUGGCUUAAGGACAACAAAGUCAAGGUAUUGGAGUGGCCAUCACAAGGCCUGACCUCAAUCCUAUAGAAAAUCUUUGGGCAGAACUGAAAAAGUGUGUGCGAGCAAGGAGGCCUACAAACCUGACUAAGUUACACCAGCUCUGUUAGGAGGAAUGGGACAAAAUUCACCCAACUUAUUGUGGGAAGCUUGUGGAAGACGACCCAAAAUGUUUCUCCCUAUGUUAAAAAUUUUAAAGGCAAUGCUACCAAAUACUAAUUGAGUGUAUGUAAACUUCUGACCCACUGGGAAUGUGAUGUAAAAAAUUAAAGAUGAAAUAAAUAAUUCUCUCUACUAUUAUUCUGACAUUUCACAUUCUUAAAAUAAAGUGGUGAGCCUAACUGAACUAAGACAGGGAAUCCUUACUAUGAUUAAAUGUCAGGAAUUGUGCAAAACUGAGUUGAAAUAUAUAUGGCUAAGGUAAACUUCCGACUUCAACUGUAAAUAGGCUGUUCAUUUUUUCCUAAUUUACUUGCAGUUGUCUAGUUUUUAUGUCUUAUGUUGUUUUCUUUAGCUCUUAACUCUUGUCAGAUAUUUUUGGGACCUCACGCCCAACAGAGAAACAGGGUUAGUUUGCACAUUAAAAGAUAUGUUUAGAAAUGUUUUUUCAUUAUGUGGUACUGGGACCAAGAAUAAGCCAAAGUUUAGAUAUUGUUUAAAAAAUGCACUAGAAACUUCAGAAGUUCAUUUCAGAUUUAUAUCUGAAAAUAUACAGGACACUUUUUAAUUCCCUAUAUACCAAUCAAUUUGUAAUGUGUUCUUGUUCUUCUACUGUUUACUUUGAUUUUGUCUGAAAUGUUGAUGUCCAUGUUCUGGAAAAAUGUAAUAUCUACUUAAAAAAUAAACAAAUAUAGUUUGAUAUCAUAUUUGUCUCCUGGCCCCGUUAUCCUACCUACUCUAUAAAUCCACUGACUGUGAAUAUCGAUCUACUAAUCUUUGAAUGUAAACGGUUGACACUACAGUAUGGUUUCUGAAGUAGGAUAAUACAGCUCUGUAGCAGUAGGCUUACUAUAGUAUAGAGGAUAGGAUAGAGAUGGGA